AUGACACCACGGAAUCGCACACUCACGGGCUGCAGUACCUGCCGUGCCCGGCAUCUAAAAUGCGAUGAAACUCGUCCUGGAUGUCAGAUGUGCCGGGCCCUUGGCCUGUUGUGCCCAGGGUACAGGCCGCAAUUAAAAUGGACCCAGGAUCUCUUCCAGCCAGAAUCACAGAUAGAAGAAAACGAGGAUCGCGUAUUUCGUCGUCCAUUGUUUAGAGGUAAGAUUUCAUUCGACGGCAAACUGGCGGUGCAUCUGACUGAUUUGAUAGAGAAUGAGCAAGUGUCAAUGACGCUGAUGACUAUUGACAGCCUUGGAAGCCACACUGCUGAUACAGCAUUGAAAAGCCUCGAUUGCAUGCCUGAAAAUGGCUCGAAAACGACUGCUUUGCCAAAUCCAAGUCGAUUUAAGGGACCGUUUGGUGUCCUGAAUUUCGUGUCGAACCGCGCCUCACCAGACACCAAUUCAGAAUCUGGCGUGGAUCAAACCAGACCCCGGAAGUCAGGCGAACUUCUAUGGCCAACUCCAGAUGUAACAUUUGCCAAAGAAGCUGCUCCUGGCUUUCAACGGCCAGGCCUUGGGAACUCAACCGAGCCAGUCUACUCGUUGGUUGAAGGGUCCAUUAUUGACGAUGCAAUAUCCGAUCGCUCAUUAGACCCGCAUGUUGAUGAUAUCGUUCACCAUUCGCCAUCUCAAGAAUCUGCCAUUUCCCCGAUCCCAUUCUUCUCAACCUUUUCGCCCACCAACUGCCGCCUUGUUCCCAACCGAGCACCGGAACUUUUGCGCUAUUUCAAAAACAACAUAGUGUCACUGUCGCUGCCAUUAAAGGGUAGUCGAAAAUGUCCCUGGCAGACAGUUCAUCUUCCUAGCGCUGAGAAAACUUACGCACAACUUAUUCUCCAUGAGACUGCUAGCCAUACAAGUUUGUCCCUUUUCUACUCCCUCCUUGCCGCCAGCUGUCUCUACCUCUCAGCCAGGGACAAAUCCUCCAUCAAUUGGAAUAAGUUGGGGAAGGCAUAUAAAGAGAUCGCCAGUAAGCAACUUGAGUAUGCUAUUAGGCAAGAGAGUACUGGAUCAGUACGGAUAAAGUACAAGGAACUGUUGAUGGGAUUGUUGUCGAUGGUGAUGCUUGAGGUCUGGAUAUACCAAGAAUCUCCUGUUCAGGUGACAGAAUUUGAUGCUGACACACUAGUGCAGAUUCGCUGCUGUCAAUAUAACGACGCCCAGAACCUUUUGGUCGAGGCUGAAUGUCUUAUUCGGCGGAGAGGCCUGCCAAAACCCCACAAAUCCCUCAAAGUUCGUGUUCUUCAUCACGUCUACGCCUAUCUACGCAUAAUGGCCGAGAGCACAUGUGGUUGCGCCCUUAUGAAUAUUCGCCCGGAACGUCCUAGUUCUAGUUUGCUAUCUGCCGAGUCCUCAUUUCAUUUCCUACGAAGCUUUCGCGUGACGGAUCACAAUCCGGAAACUGAUCUUAAUAUAGAUGUGGAAAAAAGUAUUGAGAUUGGAUAUAAUGACAUCCACUUGGAAGUAAUGGGGACAUGGAAGGAAUCACUCUUUCUAGAGAUCUACGGUGUGCCUGAGGCUUUGAUGAGCCUCCUGUCGCAAACUAUCCGACUGGCAAACGAGCAGGAGCUGCUGAAUCAUGACAGCAUCCUUGACCCUGAUGUUGUUAUUUAUUUGAACCGACGAACUAAGCUUUUGGAACACCAUAUCCUUACUUGGAAACCAUCCGAGGCUCCUCCCGAUUCGCCAGAAGAGCGUUUAGUCAAUACGACCCGUGACCUUGAGAAUACCAAAGCAGCCUACUACGCGGCGAUGGCUGUACAUCAGAGUCUUAUUCUUUUCUACUAUCGACGUGUUCACAAUAUCAACGCAUUGAUUCUUCAAGAUACGGUCCGAAAGGUGAUUGACUUUGUGCGUCAGAGUGAGCAAUCUACCACUGAGGGCGACCAUCACGUACCAUCAUUACUUUGGCCCUGCUUUGUUGCGGCGUGCGAAUCACUAGACCUUGAGCUUCAAUCUCAGCUACUGGAAUGGCUACUUGCCUCUGGACGUCGCACUUCUAUAUCCUCUUUUACCGCUGCUGCCAAAGUUGUUCAGAACGUUUGGAAAUUCCGAGAAGAGACCAUGGACUACACAUACAGCUGGUUUGAUGUUGUGAAUCAAGAUUUAUGUCCAAUAAUUGCAAUUUAA